UAAAACCACAAUACUAGAGCGCGACCGCUGUGUCCGUCUCUCGUCGGGCAUCGUGCACCGCAGCCCCAAAGUGGAAUUCCAUUGACUGGCCGGAGCCUUCCUAAGAACCCACAGUUCUCCAUCCCUGGACGGACGCAGCUCUGAUUGGUUAAACCCUCCCGGACUCUCCGUAGUUGCUCGAUUCCAUUGGCUGAGAUCUGUCUCUAUGCAAAUCCAACCCUGGAGGGACGCAUUCCAGCACUGUCGACUGACUGCCAGUAAAACCCUGCCUCCCACUGUCGGGACGUUCAUUCAUACGCAGCAACUCAACUCUAUACACAACCGGAGCAUUCAACAAGGGUUUGUCGAAAUAUAAGGCUGUUUGCAGUGACACAUCCUAGCCUAUCCCUCGUUUACAUUCCAGACACUAUUUAUAAAAGCGAAAUUGAAGUAUUAAAGUUUUUUCCGUCUCCCAUGUUGGCACGCAUAGAGACGAGAAGAUCCCUAUUGCGAAUUGGGGAGCCAUAGAACAUCCAUCAAAGUUGACCUUUUGUGGCGAGUAACUCACAAGUUAUUGAAGAACAACAGAAGAGGAAAAGGCGAGAAAAAAAUAACUAAACUGGACUUUCAUAUUCGCUGCUCAUUUGAAUGCGCCCUGAGACCUCCUUGGAUGACGGUCGGGUUUUAUUUAGUAUCUGCUCGGUGGAUGCCUCGUCAGUUUAUGUGUCCAUAACACGGAUCAUGGAAUGAGGACUUCACACACCGAAAUUUGGCGGGAUGUGCGUAAUUUGUUAACCGAAGGUCUUUGACUCCACUACAACGCAGAGACCCAGUUUUAUUCGUGCCCACGCAGGUAUCAGACUGUCGCCUGAUUUCCACUGUUGAUCCACGUGCCUUGGGAGAGUUCAUCUAACGACAACGGGUUUAAUUUUAGAGGCAACUUUCAGAAGAAACAUAGAGCUAUAUAUUCCACAGAGAGUCCGUUUAACUGGAUCCUACUGCGGUGUACAAAUGGUCUUCCUUUGGGACGCCAAAUACGACCCAGCACCUGGUCGGCGCUUCUCCCCCCCUUCCACCACCCUGUUGUCAGGUAAGAUGAGUGAGGGUCUGCCCCUGGGUGCCCAGGAGAGCAGUAGCGCCGCCCUGGUGGGAAAACUGCGUAUUGCAGACCGAGGCAUGGUGGAGGUGCUGUCAGAACACCCUGGAGAACUGGUGAGGACAGACAGCCCCAACUUCAUCUGUUCUGUCCUACCCACACACUGGAGGUGCAACAAGACGCUGCCCAUCGCAUUCAAGGUGGUUGCCCUUGGUGAUAUCCCUGACGGUACCUUGGUCACGGUGAUGGCGGGGAACGAUGAGAACUACUCAGCAGAGCUCCGCAAUGCCACGGCCGCCCUCAAGAACCAGGUGGCUCGCUUCAACGACCUGCGCUUCGUAGGCCGCAGCGGACGAGGGAAGAGUUUCACUCUGACCAUCACAGUGUUCACCAACCCUCCCCAGGUGGCCACCUACCAGAGAGCUAUCAAGAUCACCGUGGACGGGCCCAGAGAACCACGCCGUGAGUACCACCUUCAUCCUCAUCAUCGCACUUAUCAACAUCAACGUCACAUGACUCCGUCGGUUGAAGGAUGAGCGUGGGUGUAGGAUUGCACUAAGACAAUGAAAGACAAUGCAUCCUAAGCAUAGUUAUCCUCAUCAUUAUUAUACAAGUUGUUAUUACAUUAUCAUGAUCGUGCUGACCAUCAUGACCAUAAUUACCAUUAGAGUGGUAUGGGAUUUGUAGUUGCAUUAGUUCUGGAUUGUAGUUCUGGGAGGGUGCUGAUUGGAAGAAUCAUCACACCUGUGUCUCGUGGUUGUUAACGGGACUAUUCCCUGAUGGUCCGUUAUUCUGGUCGGGAAUCUGGUGUUGGGCGCCGUGCAACGAUCCAGGGUCUGGCUGGCUGGCUGGCUCAAUGUGUGUGUGUGUGUGUGUGGAGGGUCUGGCUGGCUCUAGGUUCUGGCCCGCGCUUCAAAGGGCUAAGACACAGGCUCCAGUUACAGCACCACUUCCUCCCAGUACACCAGUCGUGUGUGUGUGUGUGUGUGAGUGAGAAUGUGAAGACGAGUGAUGGUUUUUCACAGCUGAGGCUGGCUAGCUGGCUGGAUACUUUCUGUCUCCGUUUUCUUCCU